CACAGGAGUGUGUUGAGCUGCUGUAGGAGUGAAGGGGUUAACAGGGAGGCGGAGGAGGAGUGAGGAGGAGUGAGGAGUGAGUCUCACUGACACACUGGCCGCAGUACUGACAGAGGCACAGCGGCGUUCCGGUUAAGGCUGUAGAAACUGGCGCAGUUUGGAGCGACAUCAUCGCGGGGGAUAGGUUUAGCUUUCUGUUUUGCACGCGCGUCUCAGAAGACGGACGCAGCGCGCGCCCGUCUCUUCAGUGCACCAUUUUGCGCUCGUGUCCCGCAUGCCCGAUCUUGUGGAUUACAGGAUGCUGAAUUAACUGCGAGAAUGCUUUGGGGAUAAGAUUUCAGAGUGUAUAGGGGACAGGGAGGUGAAAAUGCGAGGCAGCGGCGGAAGCGGCGCGCGCGGUGCAGGUGGAUGGCCGACCUGAUGCUAGAGAGAUAGAAAGAGAGAGAGAGAGAGAGAGAGAGAGAGAUCGUGUGCUGUAGUGCUGCCAUGCUAUACCAGCUGGGGGUCUAAGCAGUGAGCUGUGAUCGCCAUGCUCCCCGGGGUCGGUGUGUUCGGCACCAGCCUGACAGCGCGGGUGAUCAUCCCGCUGCUGAAGAGUGAGGGCUUCUCCGUGGAGGCGCUGUGGGGCCGCACGCAGGAGGAGGCCGAGGAGCUGGCCAAGGAGAUGGACGUGCCCUUCUACACCAGCCGCAUCGACGACGUGCUCCUGCACCAGGAUGUGGAUCUGGUGUGCAUCAAUCUUCCCCCGCCGCUCACGCGCCAGAUCGCCGUCAAAACGCUGGGUAUCGGCAAGAAUGUCAUCUGUGACCGCACGGCCACACCGCUGGAUGCCUUCCGCAUGAUGUCAGCAGCACAGUACUACCCCAAGCUGCUGAGCAUUAUGGGUAAUGUUCUGCGCUUUCUUCCGGCCUUCGUGCGCAUGAAGGAGCUGCUAGAGGAGGGCUAUGUGGGAGAACUGCUGGUCUGCGAGGCACAGGUCCACGGCGGCAGCCUCUUAGGCAAGAAGUACAACUGGAGCUGUGACGACUUGAUGGGCGGUGGAGGACUUCACUCUGUGGGCAGCUACAUCAUCGACCUGCUCACAUUCCUGACCAGCCGGCGCGCCAUCAAGGUGCAUGGCUUCCUCAAGACUUUCAUUAAACAGACAGACCACAUCAAGGGCAUCAGACAGAUCACCAGUGACGACUUUUGCACUUUUCAGAUGGUGCUGGAGGGUGGAGCCUGCUGCACCGUGACGCUCAACUUUAACGUGCCGGGUGAGUUCCGGCAGGAGGUGGUAGUUGUUGGAACGGCUGGACGACUCACAGUGUGUGGCACUGACUUGUAUGGACAAAAGAACAGUGGCAUGGGAGGCCGUGAGCUACUGCUCAAGGACAGCACACCUUUAGGCAAUGCCUCGCUGCCUGACAAGGCCUUCAGCGACAUCCCUACGCCCUACCUCACUGGCACCAUCUGCAUGGUCCAGGCUAUACGACAGGCCUUCCAAGGCCAGGAGGAUCGGCGGACUUGGGAUGGCCGGCCGCUCACCAUGGCCGCCACUUUUGAGGACUGUUUAUAUGCUUUGUGUGUGGUGGACACAAUCAAGAAGUCCAACCAGUGUGGCGAAUGGCAGAACAUCGUAGUGAUGACGGAGGAACCUGAGGUCAGUCCAGCCUAUCUGAUCAGUGAGGCCAUGCGACGCAGCAGGAUGUCGCUGUACUGCUAGAGUUGCUUGACUGAUGACUGAAUAAAUGUGAUUGGAGUUAGAAAAUGAAUGACUGGAAUUUAACCUGGAAUUAAAACUAAGCCUGCUGAAUUUUAUGGUUAUAAAUUGAAGGAAUGAUCAGAAAUGCAAACAGCAAUAUACUCUUUCUGCUUUCUCUGAACGGCACUGCUUCUGGAUUAAAUCACACUGGAUUCAUGGAAGAUGAGUGGAAUUUGUACAGCAGAUAUUUUCAACACUGGAGAAUACCACUCAAAAAAAACAAAACAAAACAAAAAAAAAAACAUUUAGCUGUGGCAAACAUGGUUCUGUCCUUCUUGCAUGAAUGUGCAAACCCAGUGGGCUGUCCUGUGUAUGUGUCCUGUGUGUGUAGAACAUUACAAAAAUCAAUAGUUUGGCUGGUAGGCCUUUUAGAGAGGAACUCCCCUCUGGUCAAUUACGCAAUAAAUCUGCCUAGAUAUGCUUGUGUGUCUGAAAUAUGAAGGAAUGGCUUGUUUUUUUAGCUGCGUCUUCAGAGGACAGUGUAAUCCUGGCAUGCUAGCGCAAGUCUACUGUUCCUUUAUGUUUUAGGUUUUAAUUCUGUUCUUCAGCUCUUACAUGAAGCUGGCCAGCUCGUUUCUGAGCUUGAUGAAUUCAACGUGUGAUGCAACACCGAGCCACUCUUGCACACAUAGAUGAGGGCUGUAAAUCACAAACAAUCGAAGCGGUGGCCUCUGGUUAGUACAGCGUGGGUAGCUGUUCCAGCAUGCAGCCGCCUGCACUGUUACAGUGUUGGAGUUGGAAUUAAUUACUAUAAUUAUCAUCUGAACAAACAAGUGGUAAAUGUGGCAGACAUACAACAUAAAACAAAAUAGUAAACACCCCUAUUGUUUUACAAAUUCAUGGGUAGCAUACACUAAGUGUCACUGAGCUGUUACAUGAACAAUAUAUAAUACAUUCUGUUUACAGGGUCAGAUAAAUAAUCUGACGCAGUUUAAUGCCAAUUUUACACUUCGUACCUUUUCAUCUGUAUGCUCUGAGGUAGAUUUAGGAGUUCUGAUAACGUGUCAUAAUUACAUUUUAUGUCUAUCAUCAUUCUUGCACAUUCUUGAGGGCUAGAUACAGCCGAGUCAAUUUUGAAGCAUAAAAAUAGGUAUACCAAAAUAUAUUCAAAACAAUGCAAAACUUCCUACGCAAUGCUGUAGUGCUGUUUUGACCGGGACAUGAUCCUAAAUGACGUAUGUUUUUAGUGCAUAAUUUUAAUAGAAGUUGAAUUAGUUACUGUAUUAGUUAUUAGAUAAUUAUUACAUCUUACUUAUUUCAAACAUUGACCUACAAGCCAAAAGAUUGAUUUUUAAUUUUGAGCUCUUUAUUUGGUCUGUUAUAUUGGUUUAUUUGGUUUAAUAUCUACCAUUGCCUGCUGUUUCCUUUUCCUGUUUCUGUUCCAAGUUGGUAAUGUACCACUUCAGGUAUAAGGGUGGUAUAAAAGGGUCAGAUGAUGGUUGUAACUGGUGAUAAAAAUCACAAAGGCUAACAUAAUGCAAAGACUCUCCACAGGAUUGGUAGCAAGAACUAAUUCUGAUCACUGUGUCAUUUGUUUGUACAGUGUAACGUCACGCUACUCGUGAUGCAACGAAAUGAAAGUUCUUGGCCGAAACUUGUAAAAUUGCUAGAUUUUUCUUAAUUGGCUUUUCACACUAUAAAAUAAAUUAUAGUAAUUUAUUUUUCUUCUUAUUUAUACUUAAAAAUAAGUCUUAAAUGAAGACCUAGAAGUUAAUGAACUAUAUUCACCAUGGAUAAACAGUUGUUUUAUAGCAACUAGCAUAGGAAUUGUUACACAUGCAGGUAGUGCUUGAAACUGUUAUGCACAUGCAGUAUGUGGUGCACAUCAAGCAGGUAAUGAAUCAGCUACAUGUUUAGGGUUGCCAGAUUGGAUGCAGUUUCCAGUUCACUAGAAAUCAGCCUGGAAAUGUAAUGAUGGAAAAUUACAACUACAGACCCAAGGUCGUUUCAUUUUCUUUAGGCUCAGAGUGAUUACAAAUAGCACUAUUCUCAUGUAGGGGGAUUGGAUUUGGUACAAUCGGGGAUCCUUCCUAAUCUGGCAACACUGUACAAGUUUCUGGUGCUGUGUUUUUAAUGAAUAAACAUAUUUGCAGUGUUACAUUUUAAUAUGCUAUAUUUAAUCUUAAAAAAUAAAACCAACAUAACUUUGCUGUUUACUUUUUGCAGCAUUUGUACUCUUUCGUCUGAGAACUGGAUGUGUCGCGCUUUCGGCCAAAAAUUUUCAGUGGGUGAAAUUUCGAAACAUCCCUAGAGCUACUGUAAUAAAUAUUAUGACCGCUUAUUGAACUGUUCUAAAAGUGUCAUGGCAAAUGAAUUAUCAAAGAAAUUUAUUUUGAGAAAGUUAUUUUGACAUUUCAUCAAUGUGAGAAUUUUUUUUUUUUUUUAAGCUGCCUGUGAAAACCAUCUGCUGUACAUAACUACAUACAUUUUUAUACAUGCUAUGCGUAAUAUAGACAUAUUUAUUUUUAUGUUUUGGAUGUUUCACAUUGAAGUAGGUAUUGUGUGUCUUGUUCGAGAGGUGCAUUGAUGCCUUUGAUUUAUACGCUUCUCUGAGAGAGGUGCAGCACUUCCACUGUGAUGCUACUGUUACUGUCAGUGUGUGACCAAAAUCUGACUGUUUUUUUUUGUUUUGUUUUUUUCCCCCAGGUUCACGGCUUUUAAUUCACACAGUAUAAUAUAUAAUGGUUAUAUGAGACUACACAGGAAAAUUGCCGUGAAAAUCAUCUCUGGAUGUGCAUAUUUAUAACAUUUGCUUCUUAAAACGCCUCUCUUUUGCUCACUUGGUUCCUCCUGUACCUAAUAUUUGUGCUUGUGUGUAUGCUCUUCUCAUAAUCCUAAACAAACUGAUACAGUUUUCUGUCAGCCAUUUUCAGUGACCUUUCACCUCGUUUUCCAAAACCUUUACGUUCGCUCCACUUUGUGCAAAUGUACAAAUACAACAACCAUCAGAAUGUGAAUCAUGACAGGUUUAGCAUGGUUCAUCUUCUAUAGAUGUUUCUAGAAUGAUCUUAAACUGGAAAAUGUUUUCAGGUUAUUUAUUUCUGGGAUCUCAUUAUGGCUAAAUGAAAAGAAGCGAACCUUAAUGUGUCCUACAGCCUCCAUGGCUUUCUGUUUAAUUACACGUCUCUACAGGUCACAGUUCCUGUUCACUUCUCGAAUUGACCUGAUGACUACAAAUCAUGUUUUCUUGGAGCUGAAAUGGGCUGAAGCCUAUUUGCUAGGAUAGAGCCUAGGAUAAAGACUGUGAGAGCUAAUCCAGUUAUCAGCACCGUGCGAAUAUCAGUAACUGUCAUCAAAACAGCCUAAUUUUGUGGGCGUUGUUUAUGAAGUAAGAUCCUCAUACAAUAUGAACAUAAAAAUAAAACAGAGAUGCUGAUUACAUAAUUACAACUUUGAGGAUUACAUAAUGAAUUAAUUUGAUAUCAGAAUAGAGUGAUAUCAAAAAGCUUGAUCUUAUCUGAAUUCACCUAAGGCAUCCUUUCAAAUUUUAUUCCUCAGAUAUCCAGAGAUGAUUCAUGCAGUGAUAUGUAUUUAAAAAAAAAAAAAAAAACAGAAUUAUUAUUGUUAUUAUUUAUUUAUUUUAAACGGGCCAGAUUUUAUCACCAAAAAUGAUGUCUUUGGAAAUGGGAUAAAUUAAAAGAUUAUGUUGGUCUCUAAUUUGAAUAUGGUUUACAUCUGCUUUAAAAAAAAAAAAAAAAAAAAAAAAAAAGUUGAUGUGUUAGUGUCUCCACCUUAAAGCUCUGUCCUCAUACAGCUGCUGUACUAAUACAGUUAUGCAAAUAGCAUAAUAUUGCAGAUUGCAGAUGUAACUGGAAUAAGUGUGUUGUUAUUGUGUCAUGAUGAGGUUUCAACCCCAAAAAAUACCAUACCUGUGAUUACAAAUCUAUUACGUUGCCAGUUAUGCAUUACGCUAUGCUCUUUCUGAACUCUGUUGUGUUUCACCUGUACAAAAUAAUUCAAAAAACAUUGUUGUUAGACAUUACAUCUAUAUUUGUUUGAAGUGUGUAUAUGUCUGCUAGCACCGCUGUUGUGUAAGAGUCUCUUUCCUUCUCUUUAUGUAGCAUUAGCAAACGUUGUGUAAGAAGGUGGGGGUUGGGACACGCUGAAAAGGCCGAGACUCAACGGUCCGGCUUUGGCCGCACUUCAACAGGACACACUCGGCUUUCAAAAUUGAUUCCGGUGAAACAAAGCUUUGAUGGAAGGGUGAGUCGGAGAGAAAAAGUGAAUCCUUUUACCCGUCCUUGGGAAGCAAUUAAUGCGUAUCCUCCUCAAUUCUUCCCACUCUGAAUGAUAAACGAUCACAUGGUCCUGUGUAGGAUGAGUUAGUGCUAUUGUUGUGGGUGACGUUUGCUCUGUGUUGCUUUAAAUUACUGUGUUUAGAGAGUAGAGAUGAUACAUGGAUAGAUAGGUGGACAUCUACACACCUUUAACUGGCGUUGGGAUGAAGAGGGUGUUGGUCUGCUCCCACUGAGAGUGGCCUGCUUCAGUAUGAAAAGACUCCGAGCUCAAAGAAGAGCUUCUUCUGCUGCCCCAGACAGUAACCUAGCAACCGAAUACCGCCAGCCGAAACCAGCCUUAUCUUAAAUGUUUUCUGCUCUCAUUUUCUCAAUUAAAGACGGUUAUAAAGGUACUGAUCUGCAGUGUAGACGUCCAUUUAUCUUUAAUAUGAUUUUUAUAUUUUUUACCUGUUUAUAUUUAACAGGUGUUUAAAAUAAUAGUUGAGUCACCAGACUAAUAUUAACAAAGACCACCUGGUAUGCAAUAUAAACCUGUAUGCUCAGUGGAUUGGAAGUCAUUGUAACACUUCUGGUAGACUACAGAUUUGUAAGAUGGAAAAACAGUAAUGCAGAAACACAUGUUUACACACUUAGAACAAACGGUUUAAAGCUGGAGCAUUAAGGGUUUAUUUGGUUUGUCUUUUUUGGGGAGCCUUUAAAGGUUUUAUGCAGAGCCCAUACAACGAAGUAUUUCCUUUUCAGAGACGGGAAGCUAAGAACCCAUGACUGUCUAAUGCUGUGGUUCUCAAAGUGAGGUCCGGGAACCACAGGGGUCCAUGAGGAAAACAGCACAUCAUUAUCAAAGCUGUGUUUAUUGUUGAGUUCUUAUAGUUAUUCGCCCGUUUGACUCAUCACUUGAAUUAAGUGGGUUUGAUACAAACCUUAAUAACUGAAAAACAAGUAGGCCUGUAAGUAAUAUCAAGUUUCUAUAGAAGGUUCAGGAAUAAAAGCCUCCAAUAAACAGCCAGUAUAUUAUUGUACAUGUUUGAAUAAGGAGGGUAAUAUUUGAAUAUAUCCUAAAAUAAAUCUUGACUAAGGGGAUCUGUAGAUUUUUUUUUUUUUUUUUUUAUACAGUCAAUACAGUUGGCAGCAAGAUGUUUGAGAACCUUGAGAACUUGUCACCUCAAUAUGUUCUUGUUAUCAAGCUCAAGUAAACUCCCUGGCUAAAGAUAACUGAAACUGUCAUAAACCAAAAAUACAAUCAUUUUUGAUUGAACUUCACCAUAUACGCUGAUCAAGUUAAAAAAAAAAGUAUCAAUUUCUAGGCCACAGAGAGACUUCUGAUCAGGAAGAGUCUUCAGUAUGCUAAGACUGAAGCAGGAUUGUUCCAGAUUACUCCCACUUGUGAAAAUGCAAACGUUUUAGUCAAGCCUCAGCCACACAGCGGCCUUGUGUUGAAACUACCAUUUUCAUUAAUCCACUCACUGUGAUGCCUCUGAGUGUGGUGUUGAAGAUACAGAGCUUUGGGAUGAAACAGUACAGGGUGUUUCUAAUCAGAAGGAACACUGAGCUUUUGUUUGGCCUUUCAUUCCACCUUUGCCCACCAUUCUCCUCACCACAAGGGGUCAGUGUUGGUGAGCAUGAGCAUGGAUAGUUAUCUGUCAUUGGCAAAAUCCAACAUCCAACAUUCAUAUCACAUCUCUCACACAGAAGAGAUGUUUGAGAGAUGAGUGGUGCUUGUGCUUUCUGUUUCCUUCAAGCAACUGAACUGCUACUGUAUAUUAAUUUGCAGGUCUGCAGUCUUUUUUUGGUCAUUCUCAACUGUCUUCUUAGAAUAAUCUCUGGCACGUUGUGUUUUUUAGUCAAAUAACACAAUAAAAGGACUAAACUGACUAUCAGUAAACUACACUUGCAUUGAAAUGCAAAAUGUAAAUUCCACGUAAUGAUAGAAGCCUAUAGGCCAUGUGUAGAUCACUGUUUCUCAGAGUGAGGUCUGCAGUUUUCUAAAAUUUUGUUUCAGUUGUGGAAAUCACAACCCACCAUUACCAACGCUGUUCAAUCAUAUUCAUGAUUGGGUUCUUAUAGUUAUCAGCCUGUUUGCCUGGUCACUUGAAUUUAAUUGGUUUAACAUCAGAAACUCAAAAAUAACUAAUGUCAGGUUUGAUUUAAUAUGUUCUGUCAGUAAAAAGCCCAGGAAUAAAAUGCUCUACAAAAAAAAUAGUGCAAAUAUUAUUGUACAAAUUUAAAUAAUGAGCCUAACAGUUGUAUAGUUGGAUUAUUGGAUUAUUGCUCAUACAUAAAUCUGGAGCAGGGAUCCAAAGAAUUUAUUUUUUUUAAUAGUUAAAGGGGUCUAUGGCUACAAAGGUUUUGAGAACCCCAGACGAAGACAAUAAAAGCUCCAACUUGCCAUUCCCGGAAUUGGAAAGUACACCUGGCUAACACUUAUUUGACUACUCAAAUGUGUUCCUAGAGCUGUGACGCAACUCUGCUCUGGUAUGACGUGCAUGUCACGCACAUUUCCUGGUCACCACAGGUGGCUAUACGAGUCCAGUGUUUUUGAGAAAGCAUUGUUAUAGUCGAUGCCUCUGUGGCCCCCAACUCAGACAUUUGUUUGUGAAUGCUGCCUAUUGCAUUGUCAAUGUCAAAAAUGGUUUUUGAUGCUUCAUUCUAUUCAUCUAUUUAUUGUACUAUAUGUAUAUCGUGGAUGCAUGGAUACCUGUAUAUAUUUUGGAGUGGCAGAUGCAUAUUUAUCGGUCUUGAACUAGAGAAUGUAAACGUUUUGGUAGCAUUAAAGACUAUAUUUUAUAUAUCUGCUGUAUGGAGGGCUGGUGGGACAAGAAAGCAGGAAAGUCCAUCUGUCAUAUUGAUUAUGUUUGGCUGUUGCAAACUCUGAACAUCCUGAGUUCCACUGUCCCUACACUGCAACCCUGUGUGUGUGUGUGUGUACUCAUGUAAAGGUGAGCACCAGUUUAUGCUUUCACGAGCGUUGAGUCUCUAUGUACCAGAUCGUUGUUUAGGAAAUGUUACUUGUCCAGACCUGACCAUUCAAGUCUCUGACGUGGUUUACAGUGUCUCAUCUGAUGCUGCGAUUUCUAUGGAAUUAAAAAUAUGUAAACAAA